GAUAAAUCUAAAAGGUUGGCAUCCCUGCAUGUUGCACCUUCAUAUAUAAGGACUUUGUUCCUAGCUGUACUUUUGUGUACAUAACAAACGGGAUCCUAAUACUGUUUUGGUUGGGUAGGACGCUAGAAACGCAUGUGUUCAUUUGGCAAGGCGUCUUGGAGGACUCAGCUAUGGCACCUGAAAUAUCCCUGCUUUGUCGAAUUUGUUUACGGAAUACUUCGAAUAUCGCUGCAGAAAAUAUCUACGAUCUGUCGAGCUCAAGUAAGCUUAGCCUGUUCAAAAUGCUUAGUUUAAUCUGCUCCGAAGUAUUCUCUGAUCCGAUGGAACCGUUCAGUUUCCCUCGAAGUGUUUGUAUAACUUGUCGGAAGAAAGUUGUGUCAGCAUACGAACUGUAUGAAAAGUGCGUCGAAUCGGAUCGUAAACUACGGGAGCUUUGCAUAGUAAAGCUAGAAAAUACUGAUGUCAAUUUUGUUGAAAUUCCGGAAUCAUCAGAUAGUAUGGAUACUCCAUUGAGCAGGUAUUUUAAAACUGAACAUGAUCAAAUUGAGGCCGAAGCUGUGGCUGAGGACAGCAAUGAUAUUACUGUAAUGCACCCGUGUGUCGUCAAAUUGCAAUACGACCAAAGUAAUGAAUCAUUUAUUUCUGCUAAAUCUGGUGAUCGACAUUUGAUGACAAACCUGAAUAAUGAAAGCAAAAAAUCCAAUGGAGAUUUAUCUAUAUCGGAACAGAAUUCCCAAUUCGCAGAUUCUGGAAAACAUUGCUUUCUAUGUCUGGAAAUGUUCCUAAAUGAUGCAUCGCUAAAAGAGCAUCUGAGAAAAAUACACCCCGAGAGUCACAUUUCUAUGUCAGAUCCGUUAAAUGAAUGUGAUGAAAUUAAGGCAAAUGAAAAUAUGCUCAUGUCAGAAGAAAAUAGUCAAAACCAGGUUAAUGAAAAACAGGGUGGACUUUGCCUACAAAAUUUCUGUAAUAAUACAUCUCCAAGAAGGCAGGAGAAAAAAAUACACCCGGAUAGUAGUCAUAUUCGUAAUAUAGCUGAGGACUACCCGUUGGUCCACAGUAAUCCUUUGUCAGAUUCCCAAAAUGAAAGUGAAGGAGCGGCAACAAUAGAAAAUAUAUCCAAUUUGGAACAGAACACUCAAAUUCCUGACACUGGAGAGCAUUGCGUUCUCUGCUCAAAAAAGUUCAGCAGUAAAUCGUCUCUAAAAAGGCAUCUGAGAAAAUUCCAUCCAGGUGAUCGAAACCCUAGCAAUAAAUGCGACGAGGAAAAAACCGAUCUAGACCCAGCGUUUGCUUGUCAGUUGUGUGAUAAAAAGUUCCAUACUGCCGGUCGCUUACGUGAACACACCCGCCGCCACUCCAGCCGGCAACCUUUCCUGUGUACGAUUUGCGGCAAAGGAUUCAAUGACAACAGUAAUCUCAGACAGCAUCUGAUGCGGCACUCUGGUCGCAAAACAUUCUCUUGUGAUCAGUGUCCUUCGAAGUUCUACACCAAAGCAGAGAAGGCAACUCAUAUGGUUACGCACACCAAGGAGAAACGGUGGGCUUGCGAGACUUGCGGCACUAGGUUCACGAUGAAGAACUCGCUGGUUAAGCAUGAGCGAAUUCAUUCCGGUGAUCGACCUUUUCCUUGUGAUGUUUGUGAUCUAAGGUUUGCCGCAUCGGACCAUCUGAAGCGCCACAAGCGUAUUCAUACCGGUGAACGACCUUACAAAUGUCAUUUUUGUGAGCGUUCCUACUCUCAAAUUAACGACUUAGUGAAACACAGUCGUACUCAUCUUGGAAGUGAUAAUCUCUAUCAAUGUGACCGCUGCACAUCGAGCUUCAGGCUGUUGACGGAUUUACGAGAUCAUUACAAAGUUCACUUUCAAAGUGGUAACGCGACCAAACUAGGGGAUACUUAUUCGAGCGAGGUACACCCGAAAGCUGAUGAGGUACGGUUUACGAGUCUUGAUAUGCUGAAAAGGAUAUACGAGAGGGAGCGACAACGCGUGAACAUAAGUGAACAACAUCAGAGAAGAGAGACUGUUACCUCGAUUCCUGUUGAUAUUUCGGAUAUUCCAACUGCAGAAUGGUGUCCCCAGUGA